AAUUACAAUUUUGGCGCAAAACUUGAAAGUUAUCGCGAGAUACGCACACUGAUUCCUUGAAACUCUUCAAGGUUUUGUUCCCUGACAACGGUACUACUCGAUAACGAGCUAAGUGUAUUCGUAUGAAACGAAAAUGUCUGUCAUUUUUAAUUGUGGAUUUGCAAGAGUUGCUGUAAAGGAGAGCUUUCGUAAGGUUGGAAGUGCUUCGGUUGAAACUGACCCUAGUGAAAAGUGGAAGAACUAUCUUGCAGUGUUCGAGGGUGACAGUCAAGAAGUCUUUGCGGUCGAACGUUCCACCUACGUCAAGAAAUCCAAAGCAAUUUACAGCUCUUUCCGAAAGAUGAACUCAAAAGCCAGGGCCCAGUACCAAGACACGUUUUCAAUGGUAAACUGGAAAGCUCUUAAUACAGCGCAGAAGAAAUAGCACACACUGUCAAAUCGUGGAGGUUGUCAAGUGCACUAUUAUGCCAUCCAUAAUCUUUUCCCCAGUGGGAAGUACUACUUUGUAUUAAGUAUUAAGGAAGUAUUACUUUGCAGUAAUUUGCAUGCCAGACAAAGAGAUCAACAAUCUUCACCUUUACUUGCGUUUCAAUCUAGCAUUUAUUUAAGCACACUCUCUAUAACAUAUUUGCCUUCAUUUUCCAGUUUUUUGAAAGGAAUGCAAGUACCAAAUAUUCCACUGUAAACUUAAUCAAUCAUACUGAACUUCUUCCAACCAAUGGAGAGAAUAUAAUACUGGGAGAAGGAUCCUAUGGUCGAUGCCUUCUGAGACAGUUAACACAAGAUUUGAUAUAAAGGUUGUGGAAAAACAGUCUCUGAUGCAAGACACCACAGAGAUAAUGAAGGAGGCUCACAUUAUGCAGGCACUUGUGCAGCUUCAAAAGCAGCCCAUUUCCUUAAUAAUGGAGUUUAAAGGGGUAGACAAUACAUCUGUAACCAAAAGCAAACUAUUGUCUUGUCAGAAAAACAGUGCAACAAUACAGAAUGUACAAAGCUCACUAAUAACAAAUGACUGGUUAAUUAUUUCACAUGAUUUGACAGAAGCCCUUUCGCAUGUUCACACAAAAGGCUUUCUUCACUGUGAUUUGAAGGCUAAUAAUGUUCUUGUGAGUAACAAACAUGGCUACAUCAUCGAUUUUGGAAAAGCAUGUGACAGCUCCUUUCCUCCUGCAAAGAAGUACAGCAUCUGUUAUCCUCAUAUUGCUCCUGAGGUUCUUAAUGGUUCUCCCUGUAGCAAAGCCAGUGAUAUUUUUUCCCUUGGUAAAAUUCUGUUCAAAGUAGGUGUUAAGCAAAACAUUCCACUUUUGGUUUCCAUGGCUCAAGAAUGUUUGGAUGCCAGCCCUGUAAGAAGACCAACAACAACAGGCAUUAUGGCAACACUGGCUUCCAUAAUAUCUCACUGAAUACAAUAAGCUUAAGCAGGGGUUUCACGGGCCUGACACUAGGCAAAUUGACUGGCUGGGAACAUAAUUUUCCUGCAAGUUGUGACUGACAUAAAUCAGAAUCAAAACAUAUUUUGCCUGCUUCCUUGUGCAUUUCCCAUCACCUCAAUAAUCUUAAUGAAACCUCUGCUUAAGAAAGUAAUAAUUAACACUCUAAUCAGGUAAAGUGACCCUAGCCAUGUCACAGCAGGAGUCUUAUGUAUGUGCAUGUCUUUAGUAAGUUUAUGUGUGCCCUUGGUCUAAACUAAUUUUGUACUUCUGCUUUACGAAUUGUGAAUGAAAAUUAGAGGGACCUUUUUAAUAAUGCACUGAUAAGGUGCUCUAGGGUCCAUCAGGUACAAAUUACUUCAUAGGUCAUACUCAUGUCUAUAAUUUUACAUCGCUGCUAGAUAACAUACAUAUGGCAUGUACCAAUUUAUUUCCCAAUUCCUGCCAAUUAUUGAUCAAUGAAAUUGAUCUAUGAAAUUGAAUUUGGACGAGCAACUGGCAGAUCAAACUUGAAAUUAUAAACCAGAGUUUUAACUAGUUAGGCCACCAUAGCCUUCUAACAGGAAUAUUGACUUGGAA